UUAGAUCAUUGGUAGAAAUGUAUUAGCUUAUCCUUGUAAUUGUCUGCGCUGGUAUAAGUGGUUGAAAGUACUCUGUUGUAGCUCAUUUUUCGAUUUUUACUAAAAUCAUGGAUAAUGUUGUAGACCAUGACUUUUUUGAUGACCCACCCACAUUUGAAGGCAAACGAAAAGUUGAAAACAACAGUAAAAGUUUUCUUUCCCAAUUUCAAUCAAGUUCUUCUGAAGAUGAAUUAACAAGUAGAAGUCAUACUAACUUACACGGAACUAAUGGAAGAGAGUCCGGCGACAACAAACAGUCCACACCAGUAAAGAAUAAAACACCCCAAAACAGCUCCCCGUCUUAUGAGAACGAUUUUGAGUCAUCUUCCGAUGAAGAGGAUGAUUUAUCUGAUGAGGGAGCAGGUGAACACAUGAACAAAAUCCAUGUUCAAGUGAAUCGUAAGCAAAGAGAUCAAGCUGAUAAGCGAAACAAUAAGCAUGAUGAUGACUCAUCAGAUUCAGUAACUGAUGUUUCCCCUUUGUCAUCACCGGAUAUGUCACCAAACAUGAACAGAAGAAAGAUAAAAGCUGGAAAGCAUCAUAAAGGAGGACAAACCGCUUCCAAACACAUUGACUAUAUAAAUGUGCAACAUGUACCAAAGCUUAAUGUCUCAUUUAAAACACCUGAAAGCAACCAAAGUUAUCAUGAUCGUCAUGUACCUAUCAUCAAAGAACGCAAUAAAUCUAACAAUAAAUAUCAUGAAAAGUUGAGCUCCUACGCAGACUAUUUAAGCAGCAGCGAUGAAGAAACUCAUCACAGGUUUGAUGGACGAAGGAAACCGGAUGCGCGGCAGAAUCGGGCGCUUGAAAAUCACCGGCAACGUUUGUUGAGUUCCACUGCAAUGGAGUCUAAAGACAUUAGUCACCUGCUGGAAACUGUGUUAGGAUUUGAACAGAAAGCUCAGGAGAAUCGAUACGCAGAAAGGCAACAUGAGAGAAUGAGGCCAAACAGUGAACAAGCAUCUCGUCGAAAGAAUAUGUCUUUCUCAAACCAACAGGUGCGUGAAAUUGAUCGGGAAAACCGAAGGCUGCUGAAUGAGAUCACCAAGUCAACCAGGAAACAACAACGACCUUCUAGUGCUUCUAGUGUGCGUUCUGUAUCAUCAAUAAAGUCAGACACUUCAAAUAGAAGCAGGCAAAGCAUGGUUUCGCAUGCAAGUUCAACAUCAUCAUAUAGAAAGUCCAACAAAUCGCCCACAAAACUUUAUCAUUCUGCAAUCAACCGAAUCAACUAUCAACGACAGAUUGAAAGAGAGAACUUGAAAAUGUUAAAAAGGCUGCGGUCGUGCAAAUCAACACCUGGUCUCGGAAGAAAAACACAAUUAUCUGAGUACAAGAAACAAAAAGGGUUUAUGGGAAGCUCUAUUGAUAGGAAUGGAAUGUCAAUGCGAAAAGCACGAGAACUGACACAAAAUGCAGAAGUUGUGAAGGAAGUUUUAGGGAAAUCAGAAGGUCGCUACUCAGCUAAACCAGCUUGGCAGGAUAGCUGGUGACUCUGAUAAUGUUGUUCAUCAACAUAACCUUUGUUUUGAAAUGCGUACUAACUUUAAUCAGUUGAUUGCAGAAGAGAUAUAUAAGGUCCCACAUACAGAAAUGGUGAUAUCACUGUGACUAAAAUCUGUAUUUGCUGUGAAAUUAAUCGUUCCAUGUAGAGAGCUAAAGUACUGUUGUGAUGACCAAGAUAAAAUAUUUUACAAAUAUCCCGUUGUAAAUUAUUCGUAAUAAAAGUAAAUGUAUUUUG